ACUAAUCAGUGACCUUAAUUCAUCAAUCAAGUACAACGGAGGAGCAAAAACCUGCAGACACUCAGCCCUCCGUGGAACGAGUUUGACGCGUGAUCUAAAGGAAGUAGGGAGCCCUGGCUCUAAUGAAGCCCUACCAAGGCCUCAGACCCGUUGAGCACGGGUUCUCCGGAAUGUGUUGUCAGGGUGUGUCAAGACUCAACACCUCCACCCUAAUUGCGCCGGCCAAGAUUUCAUUUGACAGACACAGUGUCCCUCUCACCUCCAUACCCCUUAAACUUUAAGAGGACAAAAAAACAACACAACCAACUGGAUAGAACUGGUCUGCAGAAAGCACAUGCAGCAGAAGAGGAUAAACUGAAAGAACAGUAGGAAGACAAGCGCUCGCCAGUUAUCAGUAGCCGAAUUGGAAUGCCAUUGGACAUGGAUGGUGGCUAUGGCAGCACGGCAGUGGGCUCUGGGAUGUCGGGCAGUCUGGGUGGCUCUGAGACGGUCCCACUGCUGAUCACAGACCCCGAACCAGAGACGCCGAAAUGGCAGCCCAUGUCCAAGGAACAGCUGGAGUUCGAAGCGGGGGGGGCAGGGUGGAGGAAAAUACGCUCCCUCCUGAUGUUGGUCUUCUGGUUGGGUUGGCUGGCCUUGCUGGGCGCCUCUAUCGCCAUCAUAGUGCAGAGCCCUCGGCCGGUCGCACCGACGCUACUGUGGUGGCAGAGGGCGCUGUUUUACCGCGUACAGCCCAUACUGCUCAUGGACGCCCAGAACGAGGUGCCAGGUGGUAUCGACGUGGUGUGUGAGCAGCUACCGUACCUGAAGUCCCUGGGUGUGAAGGCUCUGAUCCUGGAGGGGCUGUUUCACCAGGACGCGUCCCCACUGGACCUCAGAAAGAUUGAUGAGCGAGUGGGUACAGUGCCUCAGAUCCAACAACUGCUCAUGGAGAGCCACAACGCAGGCAUCAAAGUAGUGUUUGACUUCUGUGAUCUGGACCUGUUCGGACCUAAAGACUCGGUCGGCAACGACUCUGCUGUUCCCUCUGACCUCACUGGCUCAAUACAGUAUGCACUCCGAUUUUGGUUGGAACAGGGUGUGGCAGGAUUUGGGAUCUGUGACACAGAUGCUGCGUAUUCAGAAAAGACCCUGACCGAGUGGAGAGUUCUGGUCAAGGAGUUCAACACAUCAGAUGAUGAGAGGAUUGUAGUGGUGAAACAAACAGGAGAGUCUCUACCUGCCCUGAAUACCUCUAGCACGUCAGUCAACAGCUCAUUGGUGGAGCUGGUUAUGAUGUCACUUCUGCCGCUUGAGCAUCACCCUCUGUCCGGACAGGAAGUGGCCAUUGCUGUGGAGAGACACCUGUCGACAUCCCACGGCGAACUUUGGCCCAGUUGGACGGUGGGCGGUGAAGCAUCACCGAUGUUGCACAGAAUACUCCUGGUUCUGAUGAUGACACUACCUGGAUCACCUGUUGUCAAAUACGGAGAAGAAAUAGUUAAUUCACCGAAUGUGUCUGCAGACAUGAGCUGGGAAUGUGAGGCAGACAAGACCAAUGGACUGAACGACUCUGUUGGGGGGAGUAGUGAACAGAGGAAGCUCAAACACUCUGCCUUGGCUCUGUUCAGCUCCCUCAGUGGCUCUCGCCUCAGAGAAGAAUCUCUCCUUUAUGGGAGCUUCACCUUUCUCCCCUUCAACACCACCUCCCUCCCCUCCAACUCCACCCUGGACCCCCCGUUGGCCCCGGUGCUAGCCUUCCUACGCUCUUGGGGCUGUGUCCACUUCCUGGUGCUGCUCAACCUUGGGCCUGAGGCCCAAGCUCUGGACCCAGCAUGGGCUCCCAGCCUUCCCACUUCUGGGGUGUUUGUGACCAGCACAGGGAUGGACCGCCUGGGUGGCACCUCCCUGGAAACACUGAGGCUCCAGCCAGAGGAGGCCAUAGUCAUCAAACUGUUUGAGUCUGGCAGCUACUCCUCCUAGGGCCUGGGGUCUGGGGCAUUAGGCAGCGUGAGAGGGGCUAGGACUGGAUGCCGGGGAGGAUAACUAGGCAGAAAUAGUAACUAUUUAGCCAUCUAUUCCUUUUUUUCUUUUCUUUUGAGGCUGUAUCAAAAUGUCAAAAUGUUCUUAAAAUAAUAAAUCAUUGUUUAUCAUUUGUUCUGAUGACAUGGUCAACUUCAGAGGGUGCCAAAUAUUUUGACUACAAUGCAAACACUGGGCGAAGA